UCUGUCCAUCCAUCGGUCCAUCACAUGCUCACUCUGUGGCAGGAUGCCAUCCACAGCCCUAAGGGGGCUUGCAUGAGUAGUUCCUAGGGGCCCCACCCCUAGGCCCCAAAGGAAUCCCCUUCCUACUGCCCUUGUGGGAUUCAGUGGACCAGAAGACGGACUCUGGAAGCAGUGACACGAUGACUUACGGGGCUGCUGAUGCCCCCAGUGCAGGCUCCGGACAGGACCAGGCACCUCAGGUCCCCCCUGCAGGCACCACGAGGGCAGGGGUCCUGUGUCUGAGCCCCCGGCAGCUGGCAGCGCUAAUCUCAAAGGAAUGCGCUGCAGCUGCCUGCGUGCUAUGGCCCAUGGGACCCAGGAAGCCCGGCCGGAGUCUUGGGCGUGGCCCAAGGGAGCACCUAGACACCCCAGUCCUGGGCAAGGGGGCAUGGAUGUGACAGGGACCACCCUAAGCAUAUGCUUGGCACUCCUGGCCCCUGCCAAGUCUGGGAGCUGGCCCAGGGUCACCUUGAUAACCAUGCCCCUGGGGACCAAGUGAUGGAUGGUCCUGGUACCCUGCCCCAGCCUGCCAUGCUGACUUUCCCAGGAGCUAAGAAUAGGUGGGAAAAAUAGCGAGAGCCGAAGGGAGGAGUUGGGCAGCUAGGGAGGCUGCUCCCUCCUCUGACAUCUUUGGUACCAGGCAGGACUGGGGCCGCUUAACCAACAUGUAGGAGAGGGGCUCUGGGACUGUCAGAGCCGCCACACAGACAGCCACGGUCUGUGAGAUGGAGCAGGCCCCAGGACCCUGGGCAGAACCCCCAGGUGCAGGGCCAGACCCCCAACCUGCCACUGGCAGAGUGACCAUUUCUGGCAUCCCCUCCCUCCCAGCCCCCACUUCAUUAGUAGGAUUCGGAGACUCAGAGGGAUGGUUUUAGGGGAGCAGGACACCCUGCUGAUCACAGCGGAGACCAGCUGGGCCUCUUUACUCCUGAGUGUCCCUGAACAGACCCUGCUGCUCUGAUACUCAGCAGCCCCCAGAGGAGAGUGCACCUACGAGGACCUCUUUGCCCCAGCUGUGCAACCCCAGCCAGAUGUGGGGGGCAGCUGCCCAGAGGCAUGCCCCCCAUCCUGCCACGCUGCCCCCACCUCCUCCUGCUUCUGCUGCUGGCCUGCCAGCCGCAGGCCCCCUCCGCUCAGGUGAUGGACUUCCUGUUUGAGAAGUGGAAGCUCUAUGGCGACCAAUGUCUCCACAACCUGAGCCUGCUGCCCCCCCCAACUGAGCUGGUCUGUAAUAGAACCUUUGACAAAUAUUCCUGCUGGCCGGACACCCCUCCCAACACCACAGCCAACAUCUCCUGCCCCUGGUACCUGCCCUGGCACCACAAAGUGCAGCACCGCCUCGUCUUCAAGAGGUGUGGGCCUGAUGGGCAGUGGGUACGUGGGCCGCGGGGGCAGCCAUGGCGAAAUGCUUCCCAGUGCCAGAUGGACGACAAGGAGCUUGAGGUCCAGAAGGAGGUGGCCAAGAUGUACAGCAGCUUCCAGGUGAUGUACACCGUGGGCUACUCCCUGUCCCUGGGGGCCCUGCUCCUGGCCCUGGCCAUCCUGCUGGGCCUCAGCAAGCUGCACUGCACCCGAAACUACAUCCACGUGAACCUGUUCGCGUCCUUCGUGCUCAAGGCCAGCUCUGUGCUGGUCAUCGACACGCUGCUCAAGACCCGCUACAGCCAGAGGAUUGGGGACGACUUCAGCGUGAGCGUCUGGCUGAGUGAUGGGGCAGUGGCCGGCUGCCGGGUGGCCGCGGUGUUCAUGCAGUACGGCGUCGUGGCCAACUACUGCUGGCUGCUGGUGGAGGGCGUGUACUUGCACAGCCUGCUGAGCUUCGCCACCAUCCCUGAAAGGAGCUGCUUCCCCCUCUACCUGGGCAUCGGCUGGGGUGCCCCCAUGCUGUUCGUCACCCCCUGGGUGGUGGUCAAGUGUCUGUUUGAGAACAUCCAGUGCUGGACCAGCAAUGACAACAUGGGCUUCUGGUGGAUCCUGCGCUUCCCCGUCUUCCUGGCCAUCCUGAUCAACUUCUUCAUCUUCAUCCGCAUCCUUCACCUCCUGGUGGCCAAGCUGCAAGCCCACCAGAUGCGCUAUACUGACUACAAAUUCCGGCUGGCCAAGUCCACGCUGACCCUCAUCCCCCUGUUGGGGGUCCACGAGGUGGUGUUUGCCUUUGUGACCGACGAGCAUGCCCAGGGCACCCUGCGCUCCGCCAAGCUCUUCUUCGACCUCUUCCUCAGCUCCUUCCAGGGCCUGCUGGUGGCUGUUCUCUACUGUUUCCUCAACAAGGAGGUGCAGUCGGAGUUGCUGCGGCGCUGGCAUCGCUGGCGUGAGGGCAAAGCACUGCAGGAGGAGUGCCAUGUCGGCAGCCACACGGCCAGGCCCACUGGUGGCCCCCCCAGUGAGAAGCUGCUGCUCUCAAGGGGCAGUGGCAGCAACAGGACUAGCCAGGACCCCUCUACGGAGACCCACUUGGCUGGCGGCCUCCCUGGAUUGGCUGAGAACCCCUUCUGAAGCCCCCUGGAACUUCAGCUGUGGCUGGACUCAGGUGCCCAGAGAGGGCAUCACUGGACAAUCCAUAACCGAUGCCCAGCAGAGGCAAGAGCGUGGGAGCCAGACAGCACCCUGCUGUCCACAUGUUCCCCAGUGUGGUGGUCUGAGGGGCACCUGCUCUGUGCCAAGGGGUGGGGGAGGGGAUGUGGCGGGGAAGCUGUUCUGUGAAUGCAUGCCCGUGUGUCCCCGUGUGUGUCAGUGUGUCUGAGUUAGAGAAAACAUGUGUCCUCCAACAAUAAAGAGCUCUGUGCUCACCCUGGGUGGACAGCUGGGCUGGAGGAGAGGGGCCAGCUGGGCCCAGGGCCUCCCCGUGAGAAGGGAGCAGCCGUGGACGGCCCGUGCUGGCUUGCUCCUUCUAGACUUCUCCUUGUUGCCCCAUCAUACAGGUGAAUUGGAGCUGGAAUCCCUGAGGGUGUGUGUGAGUGGUGGCUGGUGGUGCCCCACCAGCACGUGCCGUCCCCAGCCCUCGCGCCAGGGUGGGGUGGGGGGUGGCUCACCCCCACCCCGGGCCAGAGUGGAUGGGCCCCACUCAGUCUUGGCCCCUCAACCCCCGGAGUGUCACCAUUCGCCCGCAGAGGGGCAUGAAGGGCGUCAAUGGCCGAGGGAAGCCACCGACAUCACAGUCCUUCUACCAACCCCACGUGAACAUCCCUGGCUCCCUGCUAGAGCCGAAGCCGGGGCUGGACUCAGGCCCAGCAAGGGCAUCACUGGAUAAUCCAGAACUAGAUAAUCCAGAACUGGAUGUCCUCUACUGGCCUCUGCUUCAUCCCAACUCUAGCCACCCCAGCAAUCCGCAGCCCAUGUAGCCGACUGAAGCAGGGAGAGAUGGACCCCCAAAAUCGAGACCGUCCAAGUGCAGGCGCAGCACAGUUUUCCAAAGACUGCGGCACAGCCCAACAUAGCCACUUCACAGAGAAUCACUGCAGUCCUUGCUGCUCCAAGCGCAUGCGGAAGGGCAGCUGUGUGCGAGGGUGCUGCCCAUUGCCUGGUGGGUGGGCACCCUGCUUGGCAGUCAAUGAGGGCUGGCACUCAUGCAGGAAGAGCCAGGUGGUGCGCCCUGAGUCCAAGCUGCCCCCCGGGGCGCGGUGCAUCUGAUGCAGAGGGUGGAGACAAGUGCAGGAGCAGUGCGAGGACUGUAGUCACCCUCAAGAGCGCCCCUUGUGUCCGGUGCCAUGAUGCCUGGUGGGGGGUAUGCGUGGAAGGGGGUAGGAGCAGGGGCACUGUCAAAAGAGGAAGGGGCCACAGAAGCCAAGAGUACAAGCCAAAUGGGCCAGCCAGGCGGCCCUGCUCCUAGGAGCUGGUGGGGGGUGACUGCCGGGACCCGGGGGAGGGGGUGUCCACAGUCCCUGCCCAGCCACGUGGGCUGGAGCUGCUUAGGCAGAGCUGAGCUAAUUGCAGCAAAUGAAAGGACAGGAGGCCUCUCAGGAAAGGUAAAUAGAAUUACUCACCUGCCAGGCACUGGGGCCCUCCUGAGGGGGCCCUCACCUCGUGCCACCGGAUAUAGCAGGGAGGGAGGGGCAGGAGGUGAGUUAAGGUAGAUUGGGCUCUCCUGCGGCCCAGGUGGGAUGCGAUGUUACUAUGAUCGGUGGGGACUGCAGGGCAGGGAGGUAGUGUGGCUGGCUGCACCUUUGAGGACCUGAGACCCCUGACCUUGAGGCUUCAGGUCACUUCUCAUCCCAGGCCCCCCAGGCUCCCUAGGCCCUAGUGCUCCUUUGAGCCCCUGCCCACAGGGGCACCCCUGCCAGCCCUCCAUGCCCAGAAGCCUAGCACAGGGAGGGCACAAGUUCUCCUUCACGCCAGCUGAGCUCAGGGUUGGUGACUGCCCUGCGGGUGUGCCGCUCACCUAGGGGCCUCCUGACAGCCCUCCCCAUCCUGACUCCCUCUGCCCUUGUCCUCCUUCACCCUGUCCCUGUCCCCAAGGGAACUGGAGCAGGCCGGUGGAGUCAGGAGUGGAGGUGGAGGCCUGGAAGGGGCUGGGCUCAUCCAGCCAAUAAACAUUGGCUCUGACCAGGCCGUCCUGCAGGUGGGAUGGUGGGGGAACCUGACUUUCUAACGCAGGGCCCAGCACCCACACAGCAUCACCCUCCAUUCAGGAAGACAAACACUCCAGGCCCUCUGCCCCUUCCCCAU